GCACCGAGACAGACGGCGCGAUGCUGCCCAGCCCGGUCCUGAUCAAUUCAUAAGCACGCGCGUCAAUGCACAUCACCUUUCGCUUUUCCUUUUCCUGCCCUGUGCAUCUUGUCACUUCCAAAGGACGACGACGAGGAGGUGGUAAUGCCACACGCAGCUCAACUGCCUACAGAGUACACGGCCGCACGCGGGUCAAGUUGGGUUUCAUAUAAUUGCGCAGUUGGGGGCGUGAGGAACACAAGAGGAAGAGCGAGCUAGAGUAGUCCAGGAUGACCAGCGCCGGCGGAGGCAACGCGACCGGCGCCGCCAAGGUCGUCAGCCUGAGGCUGCAGCACUACCUCGUGACGGCCGGGGUGGCGGCCGCCGUCAUCGUCUCCUGCCUCAGGUACAUGCCCGCCGCCGCCGGCUACGGCUUCUCGGUCGCCAGGCCCCACGCGGCGCCGGCGGAGGGCGGUGUCCCUGUUGGCGCCGCGGCGACGCGCGUCGGCACCGUCGCUGUUGCUCGCGCAGCCGGCGCCAGCACUGGUGGUGGCCGGGCUCCUCCGGCGCAUCCGUCGGUGGUGAUCUUCAACUUCGGGGACUCCAACUCCGACACGGGAGGCAUGGCGGCGGUGAACGGGAUGAACAUAAACCUGCCGGAGGGCCGCACCUUCUUCCGCCGGCCCACCGGCAGGCUCUCCGACGGCCGCCUCGUCAUCGACUUCAUCUGUGAGAGCCUGCAGACGCCUUACCUGAGCCCGUACCUCAAGGCGUUGGGCGCGGAUUUCCGCAACGGCGUCAACUUCGCCAUCGGCGGCUCGACGGCGACGCCGGGCGGGUCUCCCUUCUCGCUGGACGUGCAGCUCCAUCAGUUCAUGUACUUGCGGGCGCGAUCCAUGGAACUCAUCAAUCUAGAUUUGAUGCAGGACGGAGGCCCCCGAUUGAUCGUGAAGGAUUCAGAAAGGCCAUUUACACCAUCGACAUCGGGCAAAAUGAUCUGUCUGCUUAUAUGCACCUGCCCUAUGAUCAAGUGCUUGCUAAGAUCCCUGGUGUUGUUGCUCAUAUCAAGUACACCAUCGAGGCUCUGUACUCUCACGGGGCGCGCAAGUUUUGGAUCCACGGGACGGGCGCGCUGGGGUGCCUGCCGCAGAAGCUGGCCAUCCCUCGGGACGACGACUCCAACCUCGACGCCCACGGCUGCCUCGAGACCUUCAACGCCGCCGCGCAGCGGUUCAACGAGCUGCUCGGCGGCACGUUGGGCCAGCUCCGGCGGCGGAUGGUGGACGCCACGCUCGUCUUCGUGGACAUGUUCGCCAUCAAGUACGACCUGGUGGCCAACCACGCCGCGCACGGGAUCGAGCGGCCGCUCAUGGCGUGCUGCGGGUACGGCGGCCCGCCGUACAACUACGACCACUUCAAGGCGUGCAUGUCGGCGGAGAUGCAGCUGUGCGACGUCGGCGCGAGGUUCGUCAGCUGGGACGGCGUGCACCUCACCGAGGCUGCCAACGCCAUCGUCGCGGCCAUGGUGCUCACCGGCGAUUACUCCACGCCCAGGGUCACGAUCGCCAGCCUCGUCAACUCUACGCAAGCCAGCGAUGGAUAUAACUAGCAGCCGAUACAUUCAUACACGGCUUGAUCGACGUGUACCUCACUGGUUCGGUUAAUUUGUUUGUGACGACGAAUACGACGACGAGGAUUAAUUCGUGAA